GUGCUGCACCAACACCAUCGACUCCACCAUGGCGACCGUCCUGCCGGCCGUCGCCGCGCUCGCCCUGGCGGCCCUGGCGGCCCUGGCGGCCCUCCCCGCCGUCGUGGCGCUGCCCCUCGUCCCCGCCAUCUCCUACAACGGCGGCCAGGGCAUCAUCACCGGGGCGCGCCUCCGGAGCGGCGGGCUGCACACGGCGAGGGACUACGCCGCCUUCUGGGGGGUGCCGUACGCCGAGCCGCCCGUCGGCAAGCUCAGGUUCAAGCCCCCGCAGGGCCGGGACCUCCCCGACGGCAUGUUCGCGGCCACCAACGUCAGCACCCCGGAGUGCAUCCAGCAGAGCCGGCACCCGCUCGAGAUCCACGGCGCCGAGGACUGCCUCACGCUGCAGAUCUACACCCCGAACUACGACAACCCCGUGCUGCCCGUACUCGUGCUGAUCCACGGCGGCGGCUUCAUGUUCGGCCGCGGCCCCCGCGAGGGCGUGCAGUUCGUCAUGGACCACGACGUGGUGCUGGUCAACGUGGACUACCGCGUCGGCCUCCUCGGCUACAUGAGCUUCGAGGACGACACACUGCGGGGCAACCUGGGCAUGCUGGACCAGGUGGAGGCCCUGCGCUGGGUGCAGCGCAACAUCCACCUCUUCGGCGGCGACAACAAGAACGUCACCCUGGUCGGCAACUCGGCCGGCUCGGCCAGCUGCCUGCUGCACACCAUGUCCCCGUUGUCCAAAGGGCUGUUCCACAGGGUGAUCGGCAUGAGCGGGACCCCGCUGAACCCCUGGACGCGGCAGUACUCUGCGCGCGAGAACGCCCACAUGGUGGCCAACCUGACGGGCUGCGACGCCCCCACCACGGCCGAGAAGAUCAGCUGCCUGCAGAACCAGUCCGCCACCGACCUGGUGGCGCUGCAGGGGACCCACUUCCAGCACUGGAUGAACAACCCGUUCUCGCCGUUCGCCCCCGUCGUGGACGGCGUGUUCCUGACCGAAGAACCCGGCAAGCUGCUCAACAAGAGGGGCGCCGUCAUGGACGUGCCGCUGCUGCUCAGCUUCACGUCGGAUGAAGGGCUGUACACUGCCGGAGAGUUCAUCAUGAACGACGCCCUGGUGCGCGAACUGGACGAGAACUGGGAGACCGUGGCGCCGCAGCUGCUGCACAUGCACGACAAGCGAGUCCCCGAGGCGGACAAGCCGGACCUGGUCCAGAAGGCCCGCAAGUUCUACCUGGGCAACCAGACCCUGGUGGCGGCCAAGUCCGAGCUCGUCAAGCUGAUGAGCGACCGCAACUUCGUGGCCGGGCUGGCGGACUACGUGACGCGACGCGCCAAGGACCAGUCCAGUGCCGUGUUCGUGUCCGAGUUCGCGCACCGCGGCCAGUUCGGCCUCUACCCCGGCGUCCCGGGGGUGAGCCACGCCGACGACUUCCAGUACUACAUCGAGUUCACGUGGUGGAGCGGCAUCUUCACGCGGCCCGAGGACAUCGCCGUGCGCAAGAACCUCAUCGACAUGUGGGUCGCCUUCGCCGAGACAUCCAACCCCAGCAUCCACGGCAUCGACUGGCGGCCCACGGACGGCAAAGACGGCUCGGUGAACUACCUGCGUAUCGCUGGCCCCGAGGACAAGGACAUGGCCAUGGCCCAGGACAAGGACCUGGGCAACGCCAACUUCUGGAGAGACUUGCGCAUCGAACCGAACCACUCGGGGCGAGUCCAGGCUUCCCUGGUCCUCUGCCUGGCCUCCUUCGGGGCCCUCCUUCUCGGCAACGCACGGACGAGUUAGUCCAUUGCAUGCUCACCAGAGGCCGCCAGAGGCACCCCACUGCAUGCUCUCCUCCAGCCUCACUAGUCACUCAAGUAUUCAGGUUUUGCAGCCCAAGCGCUGCACGACGUUUGCGUCGCGGGAGUCGGGAAAGGAGGCAGGCUGUUGACUCCCCCACACUGUUCUUCGAUUUUCGAUCCUACAGCAGCAAAAUUUGUUGCCACGACACACACAUUGAUGUAUUGAGACACUGGAGACCGAUGGAAAAAAGCAAGCCGUAAGGCACCCCAAGGUGUUGUGGUAACAAAUCACCCGACAACAAAAUACCAUUUCCCCGCUCACCCUAAAACCCAAGCAGGUGUCAAUAAACUGUCCUUCUUUCGUGAAUUUUCUGCAAAUAGCGGUAUUACUUGCGGCGCAGAGUGCGCGGCGAAUAGUGUAAGUGAUUGUCUGACUUUGCCUGUUGUUGGUUUCUAUGAUUUGGACGGAAGAAUUUAAAUUAAAGCCUAGUUUUGUAGCCA